AGAGAGUACGCUGCGCGUGAGCACAUUCUGCCGUACUAGCCGCGCUCCCUUCUUCACAUUGCUGUACUAGCUCAAACUCCGCUCACUAAAGAACAUAAACUUCACGCAGUGAAAUUCAGCUGGACGUCGCGUUCCUAAACAUGAGGAGCAAACGGAACAUCUGACACAGACCCCGCGCAGCAGUUUGAAUCAGAGAGAAGAGAGAGGAGGAGAUCGUUUCUCCACUCUGCGGAUGAUUUGUUUGCAUUGUGCAUUUCUUUCCUCCACUACAGAUGUGACUAGUGGAAUGAGCUGCUUUUACACACUGGUGGUUUCACUGCAGCAUGGGAACUGCCGUGUCCAAGAAGAAUAAUUUAAGGAAUGAUGCGAUUUCUUCUGUUGCCGCAAAAGUUAGAGCAGCUCGAGCAUUUGGAGAGUACCUUUCUCACACGCACCCUGAGAACCGCAACGGAUCAGAUCACUUGCUAUCUGACACCUUCAUUGGUCAAGACACAGACUCCCCAGACAUCAGCCGACUGAACAACAAUAACAGCCUCCAGCCGUACUCCCAACACACUCUCAUAGUCAAGCCCAGUCAAGAAGAGGUUCAGCCAGGCAGCCAGUCUGCACCCCUUCCUACCAGUUCCAAGCGUCGUCUAUCCAUAGAACGCAGCCUUUCUUCUGAGGACCAGCAUCAUCAAAGGUGUGUAGAGAGCUCUUUGAAGCCAGCACGCGUCUACACCAUUACUAGGGAGCGAGAUAUGCUUGGAGGCCAGGGAGACAAGGAGUGCCUGGAGCUAGAGGUGCUGAAGAGGACCACAGACCCGCCAAGAACCAGCGCUUCCUCCAGUUUACGUGGCAGCCAUCAUCGAGGAAGCAACCAUCGUGGAAACAACGGUCCUACCCACCAGCAUCACUACAGCCAUGCACCUCUGACGCAACCUUUGCAGAGCUCAGGAAGUGCCCAUAAUAUCCGGGACUGGGGGUCGAGGCGGAGCAGGUCGAGGGAGGAUUGCACGCCGGAUUGUGUGGCCUGCAUUCGGCCACACUGCCAGAGCCAGCGCUCUCUAGACCUUGAGACGUCACCUCACGGUGGUGGCAAACAGCACAAGAAGCUAGAGAGGAUGUACAGUGAGGACCGUGUGUCCUCUGAAGAUCGAGAGGAACACACAAACAGUUGGUUCCCUAAAGAGAACAUGUUUAGCUUCCAGACUGCCACCACCACCAUGCAAGCAAUAUCGGCGUUCCGUGGAAUUGCAGAGAGAAAGAGGAGGAAAAGAGAGCAAGAGGCCACCGCACUGAUGGAGAGAAACUUCCGGAAACACCUGAGGAUGGUGGGCAGCAGGAGAGUGAAGGCCCAGACAUUUGCUGAUCGCAAUGCGAAGAGUUUCAGCCGAUCCUGGAGUGACCCCACACCCGUCAAGCCUGACUCUCUCCAUGACUCCAGAGACAGUGGAGACCUCCAGGCAUCGUCUGGCAAUCUAGAUGAAGAAGACUGCGAUGAUGUCGACUGGGAGGAAGAGAGAGAGUUGGAAAGAGCAGCUUGUGAGGGCGAUGACUUCAUCCCACCCAAAAUCAUGCUAAUUUCAUCAAAAGUCCCAAAGGCCGAAUACGUUCCCAACAUCAUCCGUCGGGAUGACCCCUCCGUAAUCCCCAUUCUCUAUGAUCAUGAGCAUGCCACCUUUGAUGAUAUACUAGAGGAGAUUGAAAAGAAACUCACCGCCUACAGAAAAGGCUGCAAAAUCUGGAACAUGCUCAUCUUCUGUCAGGGAGGUCCGGGUCAUCUCUACCUACUGAAAAACAAAGUGGCCACAUUUGCUAAAGUAGAGAAGGAGGAGGACAUGAUACAGUUCUGGAAGAAACUUGGCAGAUUCAUGAGCUUAUUAAAUCCUGAGCCUAACCUCAUCCACAUUAUGGGCUGCUAUGUGCUCGGCAAUGCGAAUGGAGAAAAGCUUUUUCAAAACCUAAAGAGACUGAUGAAACCUCAUGCCAUUGAGUUUAAGUCUCCUCUGGAACUGUCAGCUCAGGGUAAGGAGAUGAUCGAGAUGUACUUCGAUUUCCGCCUCUACCGUUUAUGGAAGAGCCGCCAGCACUCCAAACUUCUCGACUACGAUGACCUUCUGUGACAUUGUGUCGUUGGUUUAAGCAGCCCAAGAGGCAGGUAGCUUUCUUUAGGGCCCACGCGGCAACAUUCCCUCCAGAGAGAGCCUGGGCGGAAAAGCCCUAAGGUGGAAGGAGGACCAUGAGGUUGAGGAUGAGGAUGGCUGACAUUGAGAAGUCGUUCCAAUUCUCCGCCCUCAGAUGUAACGAGGGGAAGCAGCCAUUACUGUUAGGUGCUGUGUCUUCACCCCAUCCAUUUGAGCUUUCAGCUUGAAAGAGAAACAUUCGGUAGAUCUCCGCAGGUCUUAACUUUUAACCUGUGAGAGGUUUAGGAAAUAACGUUCAGCUUCUUUGAGAAUUGAAAAAGCUGUGUUAAGAAGGAGGAAAAAUAAGGACUGAUUUGAUUUUAGUACUUUUUUUGAGUAGCUGUUUUUGUGGUUAACUAGCAGGGGCAGUGAAACAAGGCCAUUUAACAGUGAAAAACGCCUUGAGGUUAUUGUGCAGGAUAAACUGUGGAACUGUUGUAUGUACAUGUUCAUUCAAACUCUAUAAAAUAACUACUGUAAUUUAUCUUUCAGCAUAAUAUUGCACUGUUUUAGUUGUUAAAGUAUGGUGUUUUUUAGGAUUCAUUAGAGGGAAUAUAACUCAGGUUUCAUUCGUUUAACUGGCCUCCCUCUGUAAUGUACCAUCUUUAGAUAAAGAGAGAAGAGGAAAGCGAAACUUUUUUCAGUAGAAAGCUGUUCAGUCUGAAAGAUUGAGUAACCUAAGGGGUGUUGAAUUAACACUCACACUUUUUAUCUGUAUCAGGAACUUUGUGUGUUUAGAUGUUUUAGAUUUCAAUAGACUCAUGUACUGUAAGUGUGACAUUAAGGCAUGUGUAGACAGAGCUCAUUUUAGAUCGGCAGAUUCUAUCCUUUAGCUUCAUUUCUUUAAGCAUCUUAAAGAAAAAACAACAUUGAAUAAGAUUUUAAAAUUGAUUCAUUUUGACAGUAACAUAGACAACGUGUCAUAUUUGUGAAUUUUCUCCUACUGUUUGUUUGUCAUAUGUGUCUGUAAGUAUUUGACGUGAUGUCGAGCUCUGUUUUGUGGUGUUUUCUUUGUAGGUGGAGGAUAACUGAUCAUUUUCCAUUUCGGAUAAGUCAAAGUGCAAUUGUACCUGCAAUAUCUCUUGUGUUUCUGUGAUCCUGUUUUGAAUAUCAAGAUUAGUUAUUUUUCAUAGUAUACAGGAUAGUACAUUUAGUCUUUAAAGUGGUUCUCUGUGGAGGAAAAUGUUCACGUAUCACUCUAGUUGGUGCGUGGGUGUGUUUUGGAUGCACCAAACAGAUAAAACAGUAGAUAUUUGUAAUCUUUAAUCAUCACGAGUGGAUGUUCAAGUGCAAAACAGCAGCAGCUGGUGCAAUAGACAGUCCAAAGCAUUUCAUAAAAAGCUUGCAGAUAGAAAAAGUGCAAUGUGGUUAGUCUUUCUGGGGUAAUAAUACAAAAUGAGAAUGCAUUGCAAUAUUCAAUUGAAGCAAACAGGAAAAAGAUCCCUAAUGUUGCUAUAUUUAGAGCAUAAAGCUCUAGUUGAAAUCUGCCGUUAUGAGAGUAUGUGAAGAAUCACGCAUAUAUCCAUAUCUGUUUGUGAGUGUGUUUUAGCUUUAGAGAUGCGGGCAGGGGCACUGAGAUGUGAAGGAUGCAUCUGUGUUUGCCUUGUACAUCUCUUUUCAUCUCUGACCGCUCAUGCAGACGCCCUGAAAAUCAAAUAAAGCACAAAAUCUCUGUAUCUGUAGGGCCAUCAGGGAACGAGUGUGUUCUGAUUAGAUCAAAUCAAAACAGCCCGACCACUUCUUUACUGUUCAGAUGAUUGCAUGUCUCGAUAUGGCUUUGUAUUUUGCUAUCCAAGCUCAUUUAAACUCAUGUAAUCAUUUCUGCACUGUUUCUACCAAAGUCGUUGUAUGCUAUAAUGCUAAAAUGAUUGUGAAAUUGCUAGGUAUGAAUAUGAUCUAUGUGUGUAAUAGAACAUAGCAUUUGAUCAUUGUGUGAUAUCACUGAUUGAGCCAAUGGCAUGUGAGAACCAUAAGGACUCAGCAAGAGCUCUGAGGAUCAUGGAGCCAUCUGGAUUGGCGGAAAGGUCUUUGGCACGUCAGGUGUGAAGACCCCCCUACUCUUGCAAUAAGAUGUUUUGUGUAUGCCGUAUGGCCUCGUGUUGAUUGUGUCAUGCAUCAGAAAGUCAUUUCAUAUAUUCCUUGUUAUGCGUUAUGUUUUGGGAAAUGAAAGGAGAGUUGGUGGAAAAACGUGCUUGAGUGUCUCAUUCCUAAAUAAUCAAUCCUUGUGCAUCUCUCCUGUAGCAAUAGACAUUGUAAUAUGAGCUGCUUUGUUUCUAGGACACACUGCACUGCUUCUAGAAUGCUGCUGUUUGAAUACCUUUGUAUGCUGUUUAUGUUUCUAGCAGCAUCCGUUUUAUUUUUACCAUGACCACUGGCUUUGCAGCACAAUGGAGAGAGACAUAUGGGAUGUCAUUGAGCUUUGGGCAAUAAUAUUUGAAGGCUUCAGGCAGUUUCUCUCUGUUGACUGUACACAUUAUUCAUGAUCUUGAUAUGAAGCAGUUAAACUAAAUGAUUAUUGUGAUGUUAAUGCAAACAUUAACAAUUGGUAAACUUUAAAAUCAAUAAGGCACUGAUAUGCAUGACAGUUAGUUCCCUUUGGAGUUUGUAAAGCAAACCCGAAAUCCUGAGUUGUUGAGAUUAAAGAGAAUUUGAGAAACAUCGACAGAAUGUUCAAAUGGUUCUGGUUUGGUUUUGAUGCGUUACCUGCUUGGGAAUAGAAAAUGCCUCUGGGAGCCUGAUUAUUACACCAAGAUAUCAUUCUUUUAAUGUUGGGACUGUUACACAUCUUUUAAAAACAGAAUAUUUAGGUUGAUGUUAUAUUAUUCUUGUCCUGUGUCUCUAAGCUGGUGUCCUGCUGUUUGAUAUGGAGUGGUUGAUUAGAUUAAAUGCUGAAUGAUUGAUAGCAUCAUGAUUAGACUCCUUGGCUCAUGGUGUUUUUAAGAGAAAUUUGUUUUUGCACACUUGCAGUGUGACUUUAAAUUUCUGCAAAGCCUAACGGGUGAAACAAAUCACUUUUAAGCAUUGUCAGUAGCAAUGAUAAUACUUUAAAUAGCCUAUAUUACAAUAUCUAGAAAGUCUUGAAGAGUGAUGAUAGUAAACGUAUGGUUUUCUUAGUCUGGCUACAUUGCCAAAUACAGUAUAUGACAUUUUAGUGACUAGUUCAAUUAAGUGGUUAAUAUUUCUUAAGAAAAUUAGCUCAUCUUGUCAAUUUGCUACUUUAAAGGACCGAGCAUAAGCUCCUAGUUUCUAUCUCUUUAGCUCAGUGUUCACAGUAUUUACUAUGAGACGUUGUAUUCAGGAAGGUAGUUUGCUGUACAACUGUGUGUUUUUACUUGUACACAGCAGUGAACACUGGAAAUGUUUCCUAACAUGUUUUACAUUAAAAUGUACCAAGUUUAAAGUGGAA